AUGGUUGCUCCAAUUGCAAGCGGCGCAAAGUUAAGGUUUCAUUUGGAAUGUCAAUAUGACAUUCAUCCAGUCGUGCCAGCAUCUUCACUCGCAACCGCACCAAUUGCCCCGGUGAAACCUGGACGAGGCCGGCCGCGUAAGAACUGGUCAUCCCAGGGCGAGGACUCCUCGCUCCGAUCCCACUUCCAGUCUGAACCCAGAGAGUCACCCCAGUCCCCAGAAACAGAACUGAACAUGGCUCAAGCCGAGCUAUUGCGUCAAUUCAUCAUCUUCACUGGACCAAAUCUUGGCGGCUCUGAUGAUCCUAAUCACCCGAUUGUCCAGUUCUGGUCACGAGAUGCGACACUACUUGCCGCGUCGUAUCCCUAUCUCCUCCAUCUCUGCCUCUCUCUUGCGGCGUACCAUCUAGCAUUUCUAGCAUCCAACAAUUCACUGAAAAGGUCACGCUAUAUUGCCUUGGCUAAAGAUCACUUCUCUGUCGGGUUGAUCCAGACAAAUGAAACUUUGUCGCAAAUAGACGCCUCAAAUUGCGGCAGUCUCUCUCUUUCACUAGCCCGUGGCACACGACUUAUAAGGCAGCUUUUUGAAGAAAAAGUAUUGUUCUCUGGGCUCACUGAGGCGCUCGGUAGCGGUAAGGCGCCUCCUGAUGACCCCCGCCCAACCUACAUCUGCGAGGGCUUCGCUCGGGUUGACUGGACUAUUUCGGUUGGGAAACUUCGUGAUCUUAUUGUUUCAGAUGCACUGCCGCGCAAUGAUGUCUUUGUACGAUCUCUAGAAACCCUUACCAAUAUCUACGAAGCCACUUUCGGUAGUGAGGAUGGGUGCAUCAGGUGCCCACUGCACUACAAGAUGGUUCUUAUCUGGGUUUACAUGAUGGAAGACACCUUUAUUGAAUGCCUGCAGACCAAAGACCCUGUAGCUCUAUUACUAUUAGCCUAUUACGCACCUCUGGUUCAGACUGUGAAGAGAGCUUGGUUUCUGCAUGACUGGGCUGAUCACAUCCUCCUGCAUGGCCUCAUUUUCGCUGAUGAAACCAUGGAAUCCUUGCAUGAAUUCGAUUGCACGAACCAGGUUUCGAAUCCAAACCGCUACCACUGUUCCAGCCAGCACUGCUACGAAAGGCUGCCAUCGAAGACCAUUCGUAUCAUGCUGCCUCUUGGCUUUGCUCCAGAACUCAUAGACCAGGCCCAGGCCACCCAAAACAAUAUGGUCUCCAAUCUUCAUCAGCUUGAGACUUCCGGUAACUUGGACAAGUCCACCACCGAUCUGCGAGCAAAAAGCCACGAUAUCGGACGACCGAGUAUACGUUGUUUUAAUCGCCCCAGUGUGACGUAUAUCGUUGCGCAGACAAACACUGGCGCGACGAGAAUGAGCAUGAGUUGCAACAUGAAUGGCUUGGUUGCAAGCUGGUCCACAUUCUCGAAACGGUUCCUGAGAAGUGGAGUGCAAUUUGGUCAAGCUAUGCGUAUAAACAGCGAUUGGCUACAAUACCCAUUGAAGUCGGGCCUUCUCGACUUCUCUGGCGCAGCUCUUGCUUCCCCAACAGAGCCGCCGAAAUGCAAACUUUCACCAUUCGAUAAAGCUUGGCCCAUUGACGCCGAGUGGGCGGCAUUGAAUGAAUCUAUCAGUGGCAGUCUCAUAAAAACACGCCCGGCUGCAUCCUCCUGUUACAAAACGAAUCCAUUUGAUUCACCAUUGAAAUGCAACGUCGUUGAGGCCAACUGGACUCAGUCGAUGUUCCAUGCCAACCUUCCCGAGUCGAUUUCGUCCGCUUUAUACGCCAACAAUUCCUGCCUACCUCCUGGGGCUCAAGGGUAUAGCAAAACGGUUGGUUGCCAUCUCGGUGGCUAUCCAAGUUAUGUUGUAAAUGCGACGAGCGAUGAACAGAUCGCUCUCGCUGUCAAAUGGGCAUCAGAGCGAAAUAUUCGCAUCGUUGUUAAAGGAACUGGCCACGACUUAUGCGGAAGAUCCAGUGGUGCACACUCCCUGUCCAUCUGGACCCGUCACAUGCAACGGGUCAAGUUCGAUCCGAACUGGAUAGUGCCUGGGACUAACAAGACAGACACCGUGCUGAUCGCUGCAAGCGGACUCACUUACGGUGAUGCAGUUGGUCACGCCCUCAAGCACGGCCAUGUCAUCGUAAGCGGUAAUGAUGCCACAGUUGGCUUGGGAGGGCACAUUCAAGGCGGUGGUCAUGGCCCAUUGUCCAGCACCUUCGGUUUGGCCGCUGACAACAUAUACCAAGUGAGAGUUGUAACGACUCAGGGUCACAUAGUCACUGCCGAUACCACUCAGAAUCAGGACCUGCUCUGGGCCAUUCGAGGGGGUGGCGCGGGACAAUAUGGCAUCGUUACUGAAUACGUGCUGAAAGCUUAUCCCGCGCCAAGUGUCAUCGAAACCGGUUUCGCUAUUUCUCCUCGUGGUAACACCUCAGCUGCAUAUGAAGCAACCUGGAACGCGUUCUCAGAGUUAUUGCGCCUACUUCCUGAUCUUAUGGAUGCUGGAUUAGCCGGUGCAGUGGUAGUACAAGGUAAUCACAAAGCCGGCAUCAGCAUCAGCCAGGGAUUUUAUGCCUUCAACAAGUCACAGACAGCCACCGAAAAGCUGGCUCAGAUGGCAAUCGAUCGAGUCCAUGCUUUUACUGGCAACGACAGCAGCAUCCUAUCCGUCGUUGCUUCCAACACAACUGUCUAUCCCACCUACAAGGGGUUCUUCGAAGCCUUGAAUGCUGGAGGCUCAAACCAGGCCGGAGCUUAUUCAAUGCCGUCCAGUCGACUUCUUGGCCGCCGAGAGACGUCCGAAAUCAGCCAGAAGAGGUUAAUUAGCUACCUCAAGCGGAUGCUUACAAACUCAGACCCGGAAGGAUCCGGUAUGGUUGUUAUCGGUUUGCAAGGUGGGCCGGGUCCUGCGAACACGCCAAGAAACAUGCAAGGCGCACUUCUACCAGCAUGGCGAUCGACCUAUCUUCAUACAAUGAGCUACAGUCUGACUCUCGACACUACUCUUACGCCGGCAGAAACGCUGGCAAAAGGAGCAUGUGAUCUGAACGAUUCAAAGGAAAAGCUCUGGCAGGAAUGGGCGCCAGAUACUGGAGCGUAUAUGAAUGAGGCAAAUCCUUAUAAUCCGUCUUUCAAAAAGGACUUCUACGGAGUAUUCUAUUCCCGCCUGUUGGCGGUGAAGAAAAAGUAUGACCCUACUCAGAGUCUUUGGGUUUUAUCGGGAGUCGGAAGUGAUGCUUGGGAUUAUAGUCUAGACACAGGCAAGCUUUGUAGAAGGAUUUAA